AUGGCCAAGGACUAUCAAGCGGUAGAAAAGGAGCGAAGAGCCAAAGAACACAACGAAGCGCCAAGCCGACAGGAGAAAGCCGCUGUAUCAGGACCGAGGGAAAAUAGAUGCUCGGUGGAUUACAUGGAAGCUUUGUCAGUCUCGAACAAUGCUGUAGAGAGCCCACUGAGGUCUCUUUUCGAGAUCGGAGGCAGAGUGUGGCUCUACAUGGAACGCGUGAAACCCGAUCUCACCAAGAAGUUAGCACAUCGGUGGCAUGGACCAUUCCGGAUCAAACGAAAGGUCGAAGAGUUCGCGUACGAGUUGGAGUUACCGGACAAGAGCGGAUACCGCUUCUACCCCAUCGUGCACGUGUCAAGACUCAAGGAG